AUGUCUAGUUUUCAGCAAAGUUAUUUGGCUAAGUGGGAACAAAUUCCGGAGUUUUCUUCGUGGCUUUCACGUUAUAAAGAUGACGAGUACGCCGCCUUUUGCAAAGCAUGCAGUGCGAAACUCCAAAGUAGAUUAGCAUCUAUAAAACAACAUGCAAAUAGUGAAAAGCAUAAAUCGAACUUUAAAAAAUAUAAAGGACAGUUAAAGGUUGAUAAAUUUUUUAGAAAGGUACCCCUGAAAGACGAAGUCAAGAAAGCUGAACUCCGUUUUUGCAGUUUUUUUGCAGAACACAACAUCCCUUUUAGAGCUAUGGACCAUCUUAGUGAAAUUCUAGUAAAGUAUUUUCCCGACUCCGAAAUUGCGAAAGAAUUUUCCUGCAAGAGGACCAAAGCAGCCGCUAUAACUUAUAACGUUUUAGGACCCGAAUUUGAAAAAGAUAUGAUUGUAGACAUACUUCGUACUGCAUCUCCGUCAGUUGAUUUAAGUGGUGAGACCGCAGAUCAUUUAUUUAAUGCUUUGUCAUCAAAGUUAUCCGAAUUAGGUUUAGAUAUAAAAGAUGUGUUGGGAUUCGCUGCUGAUACUACGAAUGUGAUGUUUGGUCAACAUUCUGGCAUUGUUGCAAAAAUUAAAGAAUGCGGGCGCGCUCGUGCUGGUUUAGUUACACCCGCAUGCCGCGUCAUCCAUCAUGAUUCCAACGUGAUAGCACCCCCGCACCACCCCGCACCCCCGCCCGCCCCGACACACGGACCAAACCAAUCAUAUUAA